UCCCCAUCCCCAUCAUUUUGCAAUUUGAAAACAUUAAAAAAAGCCGUCCUUUUCCUAGGUUUUUUUCAGAUCCUUCAAAUUCAACUCUCGUUUAUCCAUGUCUCGUUCAAUCUUCUUCGCUUUCACUCAUCAUGGCCUCCAUCCGUGAAAAUCAGUUCCUCUUUCUAUUUUAUGUACUCUUUCUUUUACAGUCGCUGCCUCCGAUGGCCGCCACUCACUCACAUUCAGCUUAUUCGGGUCCUGUAAUUCCCACAACCCCAUUAGUUAGCUUCCUCGAACGUGUCCAAGAAACUGCUUUGCAAACUUACGGGAAAUCAAAUUUUGAUCCCAAAGAAUAUGUGGACUUAUCUUUGAAGUCUAAUAUUUCCAUCACUCGGGACGCAUUUGAUAAGCUUCCCAGGACGGCAAAUGGGUCGGUUCCUGUUGACGAUUUGGAAAGUUUUAUUGGAAAGUACUUUAAUGGUGCAGGGGAUGAUCUUGUCUAUUCUGAGCCAGUGGAUUUUGUACCAGAGCCUCAUGAGUUUUUGCCCAAGGUGGAGAAUCCAGAAGUAAGGGCUUGGGCGUUGGAAAUCCAUGCUUUGUGGAAGAACUUAAGUAGGAAAGUUUCGAGCUCGGUUCAUGAUCACCCUGAUUUUCAUACUCUGCUUCCUUUGUCAAAGCCCGUAAUGGUUCCUGGUUCUCGGUUUAGAGAGGUUUAUUAUUGGGAUUCUUAUUGGGUUAUCAGAGGCGUGCUGGCAAGUAAAAUGUACGAGACUGCAAAAGCAGUAGUGACUAAUCUCAUCUUCUUGCUAGACACGUAUGGUCAUGUUCUUAAUGGCGCAAGAGCCUAUUAUACCAACCGAAGCCAGCCUCCCCUCCUGAGUGCAAUGGUUUAUGAAAUAUUCAACCGGACCAGUGAUGUCGAAUUCGUUAGGAAAUCUCUCCCGCCGUUGAUUAAAGAGUAUCGAUUUUGGAACUCAGAAAUACAUGAGUUGAUUAUCCGUGAUGCUGAGCUGAAUGAUCACUCUUUAAAUCGGUAUUACGCAAUGUGGAACAAGCCAAGGCCUGAAUCGUCAACGAUAGAUCAAGAACUUGCUUCCAGGUUCAUGAAUGUCUCAGAGAAACAGCAAUUUUACCGGGAGCUGGCCUCAGCUGCUGAAUCUGGAUGGGAUUUCAGCACAAGAUGGAUGAGGAAUUCUUCUGAUAUUACAACUUUGGCAACAACAACAAUCUUGCCUGUUGAUUUAAAUAUAUUCAUACUAAGAAUGGAACUUGACAUUUCCUUCUUGGCAAAAACUAUUGGGGAGAACACUGUGUCUGAUGAUUUCCUAAGAGCUUCACAGAAAAGACAAAAGGCAUUCAGCUCAAUUUUUUGGAAUGAAAACAUGGCGCAAUGGCUGGAUUAUUGGCUCAAUGACAGUCAGGAACCUCAGACAUGGAAAGCUGAGAACCAAAACAAGAAGGUGUUUGCUUCAAACUUUGUUCCCUUGUGGAUUGAUGUGUUCAACUCAGAUAUUCAUUUGGUGGAAAAGGUUACAAAAAAUCUUCAAACUUCAGGCCUGCUUUGUGCUGCUGGAAUUGCAACCUCUUUAACAAAUUCAGGACAACAAUGGGACUUCCCAAAUGGUUGGGCACCCCUUCAGCAUAUGAUAGUUGAAGGUCUGUCAAGAUCUGCAUCAAUAGAUGCAAGAAGAGUAGCCGAAAAAAUUGCUGAGAGGUGGGUGAGAACCAACUACGUUGCAUACAAGAAGAAGGGAGUGAUGCACGAGAAAUAUAAUGUCGAAAAAUGCGGUGAUUACGGUGGUGGUGGCGAAUACAUAUCCCAGACUGGUUUUGGUUGGUCAAAUGGAGUUGUAUUGGCAUUCUUGGAGAAGUUCGGAUGGCCUAAAAACAAAACCAUCGACUGCAACUGACCUACUUAAACCUAGUGUUUCGGACGAAACGAAUAAGGUUCAUGGUUUCAUUACUAUAGAAAUGCAAUUCUUUUUGGCCCUUCUAAUUGGGAUUUACAUGUUUUAACUUUUAACACAAUUUCACCAGGAAAAAUAAAUCAUGAAGAUGAUUUUGUAU